AUGAAGAGCUUCGCUUCCGCGGCGUGUCUGAGUAUCUUGCUCGCGUUCACUUACACCGUCACCGCCCUGGAUGGGCAGCUUUGCUUUGAAACUUGCUACAGGCCGGCUAUAGAAGAGCAGUGCCCUGAUGCGAGCCUUGACUGCGUCUGCAAGAACGAGCAGUUUAUAUCGCUUCUCAAUAUGUGUAUUCAGCGGACAUGCCGGGAAUCGCUUUAUGAGGCGGAAGCUAUACAUGAAGCCAUGUGCACUCCGUACUUUAGGUUCGCAUUCGGGGAGGCGUACCUCCUGCGCGGCAGCUGCGUGGCGAUGUACAAGCAUGAUGACAUGGAGAUGCGAGCGGUAUUUAAGAAAUUUUAUUAUAAGUUUUUUAAAGCUAUAGUUAAGUAA